AAAGCUUAAGCAAAUACAGUGCGAUAGGGCAAUACAGAGGCAUGAACUUUAAAGGCUAAGGAAAUGGAUUCUGCUGCUUCCUUUCUACAGCUCUGAAGUGGUGUUGGGGAGGUCUGCUCUAGGGUCCGGUUUGGGGUUGUGCUAGUCUGGUGUGUGCCAGCCUGUUUUCUGUCCAGCAGAGUGGUGAUUUAAACGCAGUCCUAAACUGUAUUUCAGGGUUGUCCGUGGGUUUGGUCAGUGUGGGGAAUAAGGAGGCGGGGGAAGGUUACAGAUUCCGGUGACCCCUUUGGAAUUACUCGUCACGCCUCCCAUCCCCAAGCUGCAGGUGUGUCGGAGGUUGACACAUUUAACAAAAUCGCAGGAAGCUGCCCACGUCUGUGGCAAAAAGUGCUGCUGGAGGUUUAGGAAGUCUGAUUCGGAGGACCUGUGAAUUUCUGCCUCAGCUCUGUAUUGGAGUCUGCUGUGCAAGACACGUGUACACCCAUCGUUGCCAACUGAAUCUUCAUAUCAUCGUCUGUGUGUUCUAUGUGGUCCCAGACAGUGGAACUCAGAGGAAAUAUUAGCAGAGAGGCUACAAGUAAUCCAUGGAUAACCUGUGAAGUUCCCUGAAGUUUUUCUGUAUGGGACUGACAUUAAUUUUGAGGAUUGGAAUGAGCACAGUAGAUAGAGCAAUGUGUGUUUCAGCUAAGAGGGUUUAACCUUCUUUGUCAAUGGAAAAUGCUCAUGCAGAUGCACUAAGAGGAUAUUUGAGCUUGGAAGAGUUGUGAGGCACUCCAGGAUUUGUUUUUUGCCAGCAAGCAAGCAUCACAGCUUUAAAGGAAUCUUCAGAGCUGGAACUUCCUUUUGCUUCAAGUGAACUGGAAGUAUUUUGCUAAAAUAUUUUUGGACUCCUGAAGUGUUUGUCAAUGUUUCCAAGCUGUUGUUUGAAAGGAGUUUGGAGUUUCCGGAAGAACCUUUGGAAACUUACGGUUUUACUCUCAGUCAGCAGUUCUGUGAGCAUGGAUAAAGAGAGGCUGUAAUUCCACUGAACAGCCAGAUGUUUUGUGUCUGUGCUGAAGUGGGGAGACAGUGUGGCUUUAGGGGUUGAACGGUCUGCUGUUCUUGUCACGGGGCUGUUUGGAGAUCUUCAACAGAUCUGAUCUGCUUUCUCUCUUCUCCCUUCUGUUCCCUCCUGCCAUCCCUGUGCUGAUGGUGAUUACCUCCUUCUGAGUAAAAUGGGAUUAUUGAGAGCAGAGCAUAAUUUCUUGCUUUCUAAAAGGAACUGCCCUCGUCAGCAGAGUGAACACUGAUGCCUGGAGUAGCAGAUUGUGUAUAAGCGGACAUCUCUGUCUUUAUCUGCAGCUGCUGCAGGAAGUCGGCUGCAUGUCUCUGGUACAGCUGCAAGAAUGACUUGACUGAUUUGCAUUCAUGGUCUUGGAUGAUCUGGUGAACCAUGGAGCUCAAAGUAUGGGUGGAUGGAGUGCAGAGAAUCGUGUGUGGGGUCACCGAAGUCACAACAUGCCAGGAAGUUGUAAUAGCCCUUGCUCAGGCUAUUGGGCGCACCGGGCGCUACACGCUGAUCGAGAAGUGGCGGGACACGGAGCGGCACCUGGCGCCGCACGAGAAUCCCAUCGUGUCCCUCAACAAGUGGGGACAGUACGCCAGCGACGUGCAGCUGAUCCUGCGGCGCACCGGGCCCUCCCUGAGCGAGCGGCCCACGUCGGACAGCGUGGCACGGAUCCCCGAGAGGACUCUGUACCGGCAGAGCUUGCCGCCCCUGGCCAAGCUGAGGCAGCCUGGGGACAAGGCCAUGAAGAGGAGGGAGCCGAAAAGGAAAUCCCUCACCUUCACCGGUGGCGCCAAGGGGCUAAUGGACAUCUUCGGGAAGAGCAAGGAAUCAGAGUUCAAGCAAAAGGUGCUCAACAACUGUAAAACAACAGCGGAUGAGUUGAAGAAACUGAUCCACCUCCAGACGGAGAAGCUUCAGUGCAUCGAGAAGCAGCUGGAGUCCAAUGAAGCAGAGAUCCGCUACUGGGAGCAAAAGUAUAAUGCCAGCCUGGAAGAAGAAAUCCUCAAACUGGAGCAGAAGAUUAAACGGAAUGAAGUGGAGAUUGAGGAGGAAGAGUUCUGGGAAAAUGAGCUGCAGAUUGAACAAGAGAAUGAAAAGCAGCUGAUGGAGCAGCUGCAGGAGAUGAGGCAGAGGAUCCUGGAGUGUGAGAGUAAGCUUAAGGACUAUGUGUCUCAGAUCCACAAUAUGGAGAGUGGCCUUGAAGCAGAGAAGCUGCAGCGAGAAGUUCAGGAGUCCCAGGUGAAUGAAGAGGAGGUCAAGGAAAAGAUCGAGAAGGUGAAGGGAGAAAUUGAUGUUCAAGGCCAGCAGAGUCUGAGAUUGGAAAAUGGCAUUAAAGCAGUAGAAAGGUCUUUGGGCCAAGCUACCAAGCGAUUACAGGACAGGGAACAAGAACUGGAGCAACUGACCAAGGAGCUGCGCCAGGUGAACCUGCAGCAGUUCAUCCAGCAAACAGGAACCAAGGUGACGGUGCUGCCGGCAGACCCCGUGGAGGUGGAGGCCCCACAUGUGGAGCUUGAGAGAGAGCCAGCCUUUCAGUCUGGGUCACUGAAGCGCCCUGGCUCAUCGAGGCAACUCCCCAGUAACCUUCGGAUCCUACAGAACCCCUUGUCAUCUGGUUUUAACCCAGAGGGCAUUUAUGUAUGACAGUAUGUACCUCUUCUAGAGAGGACCUAGCAAGGUACUCUGGACAAGAUACACUUUAUUUUAUUCAGCCAAUGAUAAAUGGAAGAAGUUUGUCUUGUUUUGGUUUUUUGUUACUCCACCGUAUUAUUUUUUAUUCUUCCUCCAACACUACUUGGAGCCAUAUGCUGUGCACUGAUGCUAAAGAGACAGGAACUGUCUCAAUUCAUGACUGGCAAGGAUGACCUUGCUGUCAACACAGCUUGAGUGCAAAAACUUUCAUUGUUUUUGCCACUUCAGAAGUAUUUGGGAAAGUAUUGUUCCUUGUAUAGUCAUAAAUGGAAGACUGAGGGUAAAGGAAACUGUGUAUGCAACUUACCUGAGGUUUAAUUUAUUCCCUUUAAUCAAUGCACCUGUGAAUGUUGAUCUUUUAUAUUUUUAUUUUUAACUUGUGAAUUAUUAUGUAUGACUGUGUGUCAGUCUGAUGAGGUGACUUUAAUUUGUGUGUACCAACAUCCCCCAUCUGAUGAAGUAGAGCAACCUGCAAUGCAGAGUUCUGAGGGGUGCUGAACCAUUGCAGUGGUUUCUCACCACUAAGUGUUCAUUUCUGUUAUGGGUCAUCAUAUGUCAUGUUCCAUCCAUUGCUACCUUUUAUGGCUUGAAAAGUGAGCUUGUGGGAUUUACUUGCUGUUGUGUCUUGCCUUGAAUGAAGCACCUAGUGUUCAAAAGAUUUAUGGAUUUUAAAUCUUGGCUUGGUAAAAAUAUUUCCAGCAUAUGAUUGAGGAUGCACUAGUUAGAUGAUAUUUUAUUAUAUAGAAUGUAUAUUUGAAAUAUUUUGCCACAUUGUAUAUGCCUUUUGAGAAAAGAACAAUAUAAGAAGUUGUCUUCAUAUAUCUUACCAAAAGAGAGUAGGAGGCUUUCACUGUGUGUGAUUUUGUACUUAAUUUUUUCCACUAGCCAUUACAGUGUUCUUGUUUCGUUACAUAUCUUGCUGUUGAAGGGGAAGAAAGACACAACACAAAUGAGUAUCCACUUCCAACCUUCCAGAAUCCUCUCAAGUUUUGUGAAGGGAAUAAACGUGGCAGAGUCCCAAGAAGUCAAUAGCAGAGUUCUUAUUGACAGGAGUGAAGCCAGGAUUUCAUUCAGCUCCCUGGUGGAGACAUUUGGUCCCUUUGAAAGACAGUCACUUAGAGAAGCAGUAGGUAAUAUAUAGCUUCCAAGCAGAAAAUUCACACAUUUGGUGGUCAUUUUUCUGCAAAACAUAUGAAAAAAGAACAUUAUCACAUCUUAAUGUUGCACUAAUGCAAUCAAAGCUAAUUAAAAAUUAGACAACAAGGGUUUUCUGCACAAAGUAGCUGCUCCCAAAUAGCUCAUUGGUUGCAGGCCUUGAAGUGAGAUUGCUGCAGGGUUUGUGGAGAAAGGGACUGGCAUCAGUGGGACAUACUGUAAAUCUUGGGGGCUGGCCUCAUGGAUGAGUUAGGGAAGGGAUGGGCCUUCCCUGGUUCGGAUUUCUGGUUCUAACAGCAACUGACAGCAUCAUCCGCUUGGAGAUCCCCUGGGCACAAGGCGGGGACACUGUGCCCUCACUGCAAUGCUGAAGACUUGGACUCCUGAUGCCCUCCUUGGCAGGGUCAGGAUUUUACCACUGCUAGGAAACUCCAAGCUUUUAGCCAUAGAAAAAUACUUAACUCCCAGCAGCCUCUUGUAUUGAUUCACUGAUGUGCAGAUAAAUUUUAAGUCUCCUUUUCUAAAAAAGGAGCUUUCUGACAAAUUGAAGUUUUAAAAGAUAUAGCAGAAAAUGAAGGAUUCUUGAGUGUUUAAUGCAUUUUUUUCCCUUUCCACUUAUUAAUGGCAUCAUAUAUUCUAAAAAUACUGCUGUAACAGAUAAGGCUGUAAAUAUAUAAACAACCUUUCCAAA